AUGGCCGAUCUAGCCGACAAGAAGGAAUCGAAGGGAUCGACCGAAGAUGAUCGAGACUCCCCGAACGGAGACGGCAGCGACGACGACGACGACGACGACGACGACACGGCUUCCGCCAAGGGCCAGUUCUACAACUGCACCUUCUGCAAGAGAGGCUUCUCGACCGCGCAAGCGCUCGGUGGGCACAUGAACAUACACCGCAAAGAACGCGCGCGGACGACGACGACGACGACAACGAUGUCGAGGUCAAACAGCACUGCUGCUGCUGCUGCUUACGUUGUCUCCGAAUCAGUCGAGGGAUCGGGGAGUAGUACUGGUGGGUAUUACUAUUCGCCUUCUUCACAGUCGGUUAGGGCUUACUCCGCGCACUCGCAGAGGCCGCGAGAGCUUUGUCUCUUCGGCAGUGGCGAUUUGAGCUUGGGUUUGGGGUUGCAUGGUGGUGAUGAUGAACUUUCGUAG